CCCAGCUGGUGCCUCAGCUCUCCACUAGUCGCCGCCACGUCACGCAGGGAGUCCACCAACAAGAUGGCGUUCACCCUGUACUCGCUGCUGCAGGCCGCCCUGCUGUGUGUGAAUGCCGUGGCCGUGCUGCAUGAGGAGCGCUUCCUGAGCAAGAUCGGCUGGGGGGCCGAACAGGGCAUUGGAGGUUUUGGAGAAGUGCCUGGAAUCAAGUCACAGCUGAUGAACCUGGUGCGCUCCGUACGGACCGUGAUGAGAGUUCCUCUGAUAAUCGUCAACUCAAUAACGAUCGUGCUACUUCUCUUAUUCGGAUGAAGACUCUUUUGUCACCUCUUGCGAAGACCGACCGGACUGAUGACUCCACCACCUGAAUAUUCCCCCACGACUGGACUGCUGAGCCCUCUGUGGAGUUUAAAAAACAAACAAAAAAACAACAAAAACUGAUGUGAUGCAUUUUUGUAAAUUGUCUCAUCAAUAAGCGUAUUAUCUGAAGACUGAGCGUUACUGGUAUCUACAUGUGCUUGUACGAUCACUGUGCCCACCUGCCACGCAGUGGAUAGCGAUUGGCGUGUACCGCACCCCCGUGUGUAGCCGCUUAUGGGACUUGGUGCCGGUGUGCAGACUCCUCAUCAUAAACAACACCUUCUGAUGACCUUGACCAGAUCAUAGCAUUUAUCUUCUGUGGUAAUGGUCUGUAUCCUGUGGCUCUCCAGUUGUUUACAAAACUACAAUGCUGAGAGUAGUAGUUUAGCAAGAGCUUAAGAAACCUAAAGUUGCACGCCACUAGGCAAUGGUUGCAUACGUGUUUUUUUUUUUAUCUCACUUGAACAUACAAUGGACACCUGCAGUUGGUUUCCAACCUUUGAUUAUUUAUGACGUACAGAAUGUUGAGGGGUGGGUUAUCAAAGUUUUCCACGAGUCAUAAGCCACUGUUUAAGUUCAGAACCAUCAGUUUCCCCCAUCAUGACCUUACUAAUGACAUAUUACUUUCAGAAAGAUAAGGUUUGGUAGAGGUUUCCUAGAGGGGGGUAGUCUACAGUAUUAUCAGCCGUCACUUCCAUAGUUACAAUCUAUUUCACUGUAUACUUGCCAUAAGCCGAUGUACAUUCCAAUUCGUGGAGGAGAAUGGAAGCACCUGAGACCUGAAGGACCUGUUGUCUGUAUGUCUUGUCCAUGUUGGAUAGCUCUGCCCGAUUUUAAAGAGAACCUCCCAAUGUAGAUUGGCUUUGAUGUAUCUGUGGGGGCCCUGACAGACAGUGCUUAUAAAAAUCAUCCCAUCUCUGGUGGAUCUACCAUGGGAAUUUACCUGUAAGUGCCUGACUGGUAGACUAAGACUGGUAGGUUAGUUAAGCUUUACUUCUAGCUGGACACAGGCUAUACUCUGUGAAUAUGGCCCUGUUGUGAGGGUCCUCAGCCUAUAAAUUCCUACACAGGUUUACAUUUGACUUCUCAACAGAAAGUCCUCGACUGCCUGACAGGCGGCCACAGUAUAUAGAGUAUAUAGCUAUAGAGACCAUAGUAUGAGGCCAGUGAAUUUGAUAGGAUGGGCGCACAGCCUUCAGUACGCGCACUUGCGUUUUUCCUGACUACCGCAGCAGACUGGAUUUUUGUAUUUUAUCCUGUUUUAUAUGUAGAUCGGAGGGGGGAAUAAAAAUGUGUCACGAAAA